UUUUCCCGCGUUUAAAUUGUUUAAAUCGAUGCAGUCUGUUCUGUCUAUUUUACGGCUUUUAUAAUAACUGUAAAGUAACCAUUUUCAUUAAAUAAAACAGCGUUAUGCGUUAUCUAACUUAAAGAAACGUUAUUUUUUUCUGAGUAAAGCAUAUCUGCGCAUGAAAAGCAAACGCGGUGCGUUCCUAUAUCGUGAAUCACUUCAUCGUAAACACGCAACUCGUGAAGAGAAACGGAGCUUUUUGAAACUGAGUCAAAUGAACCAACUGAAUCAAAAAGAGAUCCACUUGAAGCUCGACUGACGACACACUCUGGACAAAACAAUGUCAAAGUGUCCAAACAAGGAGAAAAGAGAUCCACGUGGUGCACUAUUAAAAGAUGGCGUUUAUUAAAGAGGAGAGUGAAGACUUGAGAAUUGAAGAAGUGUUCAGUCUGAAACAAGAAGAUACUGAGGAACAAACAGACCUGAUGGUACUGAAAAAGGAGAGUGAAGUACUAGGUAAAAUGGAAGAUGAAAAUAAGUAUAAGAAAGAGGAUGAUUUCAUAACAGGACAAAGAUCAAUUAGUUGCUCUCAGACAGAAAAGACUUCCACAAGACAAAGAGCUCGAAAGACUGGAACUAGAUUUCAUUACACCUGCCAGCACUGUGGAAAGAGUUUCGAUCAUCAUGGAAACCUUAAAGUCCACUUGAGGACUCACACUGGGGAGAAGCCUUAUUCAUGCAAACAAUGUGGAAAACAUUUCAAUGAACAUGGAAACCUUAAAGUCCACAUGAGAAUUCACAAUGGAGAGAAGCCUUUCGCCUGCCAACAGUGUGGAAAAUGUUUCACUAAAAAAGGAACCCUCAAAAGCCACAUGAAUGUCCACACAGGCGAGAAGCCUUACACAUGCCCCCUGUGUGGAAACCGUUUCAGUCAAAAAGGAAGCAUUAACAGGCACAUGAAAACUCACACCGGCGAGAAGCCAUUCAUCUGCAAACUGUGUGGGAGGAGCUUUACAACAAAACCAAAUCUUCGGUAUCACAUGAACAGUCACACUGGUGAGAAGCCAUUUACAUGUGUUCAGUGUGGAAAGAAUUUCAGACAUAAAGGAACCAUUAAAAAGCACAUGAUAAUUCACUCAAGAGCUCUCCCUCUCAGUUUUAUAUGCCAUCAGUGUAAAAUGAGUUUUACAGACAGUAAUCACCUUAAAAAUCAUGUAAAAUCUCACACUGGAGAGAAGCCUUUCAUGUGCAGUGACUGUGGAAAGACCUGCUCAAACAAGACAAACCUAAAGAUUCACAUGAGAAUUCACACUGGAGAGAAGUCUUUCACCUGCCCUCAGUGUGGAAAGAGUUUCAGAUUUAGAGGAAACCUUCGGACUCACAUGAGAGUUCACAGUGGAGAAAAGCCUUACACCUGCCUUCCUUGUGGAAAGAGUUUCAAACUUAAAGGAAACCUUAACAUUCACAUGAGGCUUCACACGGGAGAGAGACAUUACACAUGUCUGGAGUGUGACAUGAGUUUCAAAUAUCAGAGAAACUUGAAUGAUCAUUUGCUAACUCAUUCUGGAAAGACAUGGACAUGUUCUUCAGCAUGACAAGUUUUGAAAAAAGGAGCAAAAAAAAACAAAAUCAUCUGCACAUUCACUGUGGAAGAAGGUGCCAUAAUGUCUAAUAAUUUUGCCAUCACACAAAUACACCUGAAAAAGUCAUGCAUGUAUGAGACCCUAUUUGUGUUGUUUGUUUUAAAUAGCUCUUCAGUAUAAAAUAGCACCAGAAAAAGAGUUGUCCACUAAAAUUUUGGUGACUGAAAUUGCUAAAAUAAUUUGCAGGGCUGAAGGCUAUGUUCACACUGCAAGCCUUAAGCCUGAGACACUGCACGAUUUUAGCAAUCCUAUAAGAUUAUUGCAUGUCAAACUGUGC